AUGUUCCUCCAACAAUACGACUUAAAGUUCAGUUACAACCCCGGAGACAACAACUACGUCGUCGAUGCCCUGUCUAGGCUCCAGGCCGACGAGGACCGCGAUCGGGACCUCGACGCCAUGCACAUCGGUACGCUACCGUCACACUACGAGUUCCUUGUGAAGGACGACGACAUUUUCGUGGGUGAGUUGCAAAACCUCCGCCUCUACGAACACCGUAAGACCGAAAGGUCGUACGUCCCGACUCGACUUAGACAUCAAGCUGACUAG